GCUGAAGGAGGAGCCGGAGGAGCUGAUGAGCGACAGCUGCGGGUCCCCCGUGGCCCGGUGGCGCCCCUGGGCCGCCCCAGGCGGCAGCUCCGAGGACGAGGAGCCCGAGCCCCUCCCCCAGCCCGGAGGGGGCGGGGCCUCCCAAGCCCCGCCCUCCGGCCCCGCCCCCGCCCCGCCCCCGCCCCACCUGCGCUUCGAGAUCAGCUCCGAGGACGGGCUCAGGGUGACGGCGCCGAGCCUCGAGGGUGCGUGGCGGGCGGUGCUGGAGCGCGUGCAGGAGGCGCGAGCCAACGCGCACCUGAGGCACCUCAGCUUCGCAGGCAUGAGCGGGCUGCGGCUGCUGGGCAUCCACCACGACGCCGUGGUUUUCCUGCUGGAGCAGCUGCCGGGCGCCGGGAGCUGCUCCCGGUACCGGUUCCGGUACCACCCCCCCCGGCGGGACCCCCCCCACAGCGCCCCCCCCAGGAACCCCUCGGGCUGCGCCCGCGCCGAGCUGUACCUCAGGAAGUGCACCUUCGACAUGUUCAGCUUCCUGGCCUCGCAGCACCGCGCCCUCCCCCAGGGACCCCCUCCCCGCGAGGAAGAGGAGGAUGAGGUGCAGCUCAAGCCCACCCGCCGCGCCACCAGCCUGGAGCUGCCCAUGGCCAUGCGCUUCCGGCACCUCAAGAGAACGGCCAAGGAGGCGGUGGGCGUCUACCGCUCGGCCAUCCACGGGAGGGGCCUGUUCUGCAAGAGGAACAUCGAGGCCGGGGAGAUGGUGAUAGAAUAUUCCGGAAUCGUCGUGCGCUCCGUGCUCACCGACAAGCGGGAGAAGUUCUACGACAGCAAGGGCAUCGGCUGCUACAUGUUCCGCAUCGACGAGGCCGAGGUGGUGGACGCCACCAUGCACGGCAGCGCCGCGCGCUUCAUCAACCACUCGUGCGAGCCCAACUGCUACUCGCGCGUCAUCCACGUGGAGGGCCACAAGCGCAUCGUCAUCUUCGCGCUGCGCCGCAUCCUGCGCGGCGAGGAGCUCACCUACGACUACAAGUUCCCCAUCGAGGAGCCGGCCGCCAAGCUGCCCUGCAACUGCGGCGCGCGGCGCUGCCGGCGCUUCCUCAACUGAGCCGGGGACGGGGUCUCCGGGGGGCGCCCCGGGCGGUUUGGGGGCGUCGGGGUGGAGGUGUGGGAGGAUGGAGAGGUUCUGGAGGUGGUUGGAGGUGAUUGGGUGUUAUGGGGGGGGUUUGGAGAAGGUCGGGGAGGUGUGGUGGUCCACCAGGAGUUGUGGAGGUGAACCAAGACCCAUAGGGCUCAACAAAGAGUCGUGGAGGUCAACCAAGGAUUAUGGUGGUCAACCGAGAACCGUGGUGGUCAACCAAGAGCCAUCGAGAUCAACAAAGAGUCGUGGAGGUCAACCAAGAAUCAUGGUGGUCAACCAGGAACCAUGGUGGUCAACCAAGAGCCAUCGAGGUCAACCAAAGUCAUGGAGGUCAAUCAAGAGUUGUGGUGGUCAACCAGGAACCAUGGUGGUCAACCAAGUGUGGUGGUGGUCAGUCAAGAGUCGUGGAGGUCAGCCAAGAGUCAUGGUGGUCAAUCGAGAAUCAUGGAGGUGAACCAGGAGCCAUGGUGGUCAACCCGGAGUUGUGGGGGUCAACAAAGAGUCAUGGAGGUCAACCAAGCAUCAUGGAGGUCAACCAGGAGCCAUAGGGGUCAGCCAAGAGUCAUGGUGGUCAACCAAGAAUCAUGGUGGUCAACCAAGAGUCGUGGUGGUCAACCAAAAGUCCUGGAUCUCAACCAAGAGUUGUGGAGGUGAACCAAGAGUCAUGGAGGUCAAUCAAGAGUCAUGGAGGUCAACCAACAAUCAUGGUGGUCAACCAAGGAUGAUGGUCAACCAAGAGUCCUGGAGGUCAACCAAGAGUUGCGGUGGCCAAUCAAGAAUCGUGGUGGUCAACCAAGGGUCAUGGUGGUCAACCAAGAGUCAUGGUGGCCAACCAAGAGUCCUGGAUCUCAACCAAGAAUCAUGGGAAGAAGAUAGUGAGGUGCUCCUUGAAGCUGUAGAGAUGCCUGGGAACACCCAAAAAUCACGGACAGGUCCUGGAAGUCCUGGAGAUUCCUCCAGUCAAUCAAGAGUCGGGGAGAUCAACCAAGAGUCACGGGAAGAAGAUUUCAAGGUGCUCCCAGAAGUUCUUGAGAAGCCUCCAGUCAAAUGGAAGCUCCCAAAACCCAUGGGAAUGAGAUUUUGGGUGUUCCUGGAAGUUCUUGAGAUGCCUCCACUCAACUGGGAGAUUCCAAAAAUCAUGGGAACGAAAUUUUGGGGUGCUCCUCGAAGUUCUUGAGAUCCCGCCACUCAACCAGAAGCUCCCAAAAAUCAUGGAACGAAAUUUUGGGUGUUCCUUGAAGUUCCUGAGAUGCCUCCACUCAACCGGAAGAUGCCAUAAAUCAUGGGAAUGAAAUUUUGGGUGCUCCUCGAAGUUCCUGAGAUGCCUCCACUCAACCGGAAGAUGCCAUAAAUCAUGGGAAUGAAAUUUUGGGUGCUCCUCGAAGUUCCUGAGAUGCCUCCACUCAACUGGGAGAACCCAAAAAUCAUGGGAACGAAAUUUUGGGUGCUCCUGGAAGUUCCUGAGAUGCCUCCAACCCUGGGGACCCCCUGAGAAGAGACUUCGGGGUUCUCCAAGCGCCACCUCCAGCCCUGGAGACCCCACCCCACAAUGGGGCCCCCCAACCCCCCCCAUGGGCCCCUCCCCCAAUCCCCUCCCCCAAAAUGGGUCCAGCCCCUCCCCCUGCAGCAUUUUUGGGGCAUUU